GUGAGAUACAUGCAAAUCAUACCAAGAAUAGAUUUAGACUUGUUUUGCAUACAAGUGGUCUGAUUAUACAGAAGUUAGAGGAAUAUUGUUUCAGACUUUCAACCUCUGUCUUAUUGAGGAGAAGAAGAAGAAACUGUACCCUGGCUUUGCUACAAGGUUUUGGAACCAAGGGUACAUUGUAGAAAAAAGAUGUUAUCCCUACUUCUGACUGCAAUGAAAAUAUUAUGUUUGGCUGAGUUUACGGUGGGAAUCCUUCUCAAUGGUUUCAUCGUGGCGGCCAAUGCUAUUUCAUGGUUGGAAAUGAAGCAUAUUGACUCUAUUGACCUGAUUCUGACAAGCUUGGGGCUUUCUAGACUUGGUCUUCUGAUAAUGUGGGUGAUCCAUAUCCGGUCAGAAGUAUAUGAGCAUGUAGGGAUAAUGGAAGUACUUUCUGUGUUUUUUGCCUAUUGCAGCCUCUGGUUUGGAACAGUUCUGUGUGUUUUCUACUGUGUGAAGAUCACCAACUAUAACCAUCGCUUCUUCUUCUAUGUGAAACUGAGGAUCUCCAAGAUGAUUCCCUGGCUGUUAUUUGUAUCAGUGACAAUCUCUUUCAUUUGCAGCCUGCCCUUUGAAUGGAUUAUGAAUGACGCUAUGUUCCCAUAUAAUUCCACAAAUGGCACUUCUGGGACAAACAUGGCCGCUGUCUUGUACAUCCCAUUUAUCACUUAUUCGGCUGGAAAUGUUGUGCCAUUUUUCCUAUUCUGUGUUGCCAUUACUCUUCUAAUCAGGUCCCUGUGGAAACACACGAGGCACAUGGCUGGGGGUGAGACUGGAUUUGGGAACUCUCAGCUUCAGGCUCAUUACAAUGCAAUUAAAUGCAUGAUGUCUUUUAUGUUAUUAUAUAUUGUCUUUUUGUCAUCCUCUAUGUUCCUGGCUCUACCAAUGGUGCUGAAGAAUAAUUUAUUGCUAAUGUUAUGCUUUUUUAUUGCUGGUUCUUACCCGAGCCUUCACUCUCCUAUUCUCAUACUGAGCAGCAGAAAACUCAGACGGGCUCUUUGCUGUUUUCUUUCUUACACAAGUACAUUUACUUCAGAAUUAUCCCCCUGCCAGUAAUGGAAAUGCCUCUGUUCCAAGUCGACUAGAUUCGGUGA